GUCCGCUGAUGACAGAGCGCGUCACACCGCGUCAUAUUUCUCUGACCCCUCGCGCCUGAUAUUCGCGCAUUAUCGUCGCGUGACAGGCGAAGGAAUCAAUGCAGUGAGAGAAGACCAUCGCGCGAGCUCAUAGUCGUGUGUGUGUGAGGAGCGAACAUGUGGGAUAUAUCCGCCUCUGGUCUGGUGUUGAGAUCUGGUUUUGGUCUCUGUCGCUGCUCAUUUGUUGGAGUCCACGUGAGAUGAGGCGCUUUUCUCCCAGGAGAAUGAGGACGCUGACGGCACUGUGCUGCGCUUUGACUUUCUCAAUGCUGGUGUUGAGUUGCACGCUGGGAGAACCCUCGCUCUACUUCUUCAGAGUGCUGUUGGGUCUGUCCGACGGCUCAUGUGCCUGUUCACGCUGCAUCUCUCACCUGAAUCCCCAACGUGAUGAGGACGGCUGGUUUAUGGAGCGUUUCAAUCACUCCUUCAAGCCGCUGCUGUCCAGAUCAAACGGGUUCAUCUCAGAUGACACGUACAGAUGGUGGCAGUGGCUCCAGGCAGAGAAGAACCCGUCUAAUCUGACCUCAGUGUUGGACAGAUUAUUCCAGUUGAUCCCGUCUGAUGAACAGUAUGAUGAUGGCGGUCCACACCGCUGUCGAAUCUGCUCUGUAGUGGGAAACUCUGGGAAUCUCCUGGAGUCUCAUUAUGGGUCGGACAUUGAUGCCAGUGAUUUUGUCAUACGAAUGAAUCAGGCUCCGACUGAAGGCUUUGAGAGAGACGUGGGCUGGAGGACCACUCAUCACGUCAUGUAUCCAGAAAGCGCUGUUGAUUUAAACAACUCCACAAGUCUUCUUCUCAUUCCCUUUAAAACUCUGGAUCUGGAGUGGAUCACCAGCGCACUGACCACAGGAAACAUCUCACACACGUAUGUACCUGUCAUGUCUCACAUCAGAGCCAAUAAACACAAGGUGUUAAUCUACAGUCCCAGCUUCAUGAAGUAUGUGUAUGACUCGUGGCUGGAGGGUCAUGGCAGAUAUCCGUCCACUGGUUUUCUCUCUCUCAUGUUUGCGGUUCAUGUCUGUGAUGAGGUGAAUGUGUUUGGAUUCGGUGCGGAUGCGGAUGGAAACUGGCAUCAUUACUGGGAGAAGAACAUGCAGGGAGGAGCGUUUCGACACACCGCCGUUCAUGAUGGAGAUUAUGAGUACAACAUCACACUUCUGCUGGCAGAUAAACACAAGAUCACUCUCCACACAUGAACACACACACAUCAGCAUUGAUUUAUACAAACUCAGCGUUAUGGACUUUUUAUAUGCUUUACUGCCAUGUUGAAUAUCAUUAAAUAUCAUAUCAGGAGUAAAUCUAGAGAAUGUAUUUAUGAAUUUAUAAUAUGUGAUGUGUUCAUGUUUUUCAAUGUUUUCAAGUGCCUCGUGUUUGUAGUCAAAACUCAGAGAAAAGUGCCUUCAGAUGUGUUUUACAUCAAAGAAAGUCAUUCAUGCGUGUACAUUAAUUCAGUUGGACUGGAUAUAAAAUCAUAAUAAUAGUGUUUUAAUCCUCAUGGUCUAGUGUAGCUCUGUCGUGUUGUAUUCUAUCAGUAUAUCGUUUAUUUGUCUCUUUUACUUCACUAUGAUGGUUGUGUUAAUAUUAUAUUGAAAUAAAGCAGACUGAGGCUUGUUGACA